UGAGCGUUCAGCCAUUACUCCGCGAUGUUGACUUCGGCAGGCCCAAGGAAGGAUCUAACUUUUCGGAUUUACGAGGCUCACCUUUGCGCCCGGGCGUCCCAGUAACAAGUCGUUACUAUUCCUCCGCCGCGUUUUAGCCUCGCACACCUCUCUUUCUCCGCGGUGUCCUUCGGUUCAGUGUAGUAUUACCUCGGGUUUUUAUUUUUAGGGUCGUGUGCGUUCAGAUGACGGCGCAGGUAGACUACCUGGUGGUGGUUUUCACCGCCACAUCUGGAGCGAGCGGUGAGCUGCUGGGGUCUGACGAGAAGGAGCUGGUCCAGUUGGUCUGGCAGCUGGUCAAUGUGAACAACAAAACGUUGGGCAAGGUGAAUGAGCUGCUCAUUAGGCCUGACCUCACAGAGUCCACAGAGGAAAAAACAGACGAAGAUGUGGUGGUCGAGUGCAAGGAGGACGACGAGUCUUCCUCCGGAGCAGACUGCGUCUACACGGCGACGAGUCUUGACAGCGGUAUAAACACGUUCAACCUGCAGCUGACAAAUGAGGUGAACAGUGCGGGCGCGGGCACGUCGUUGUGUUUGUGUGCAGACGGGCAGCUCCACAUCCGUCAAGUGAUUCACCCCGAGGCCGCCGGCAAGAACAUCCUGGUCCCGGACUGUUUCUACUCCUUCUUCGACCUGCGGAAGGAGUUCAUGAACCACUUCCCCACCUCUGACCUCAAGGCUUUGAAUGCACACGUCAUGGCCGAGUCUCUUAGCCUACCCGUCGAUGUGCCCACCGUGUGGGAUCCCACGGCCAAUCAGGACCCGUUAGCGGCUCCGCCUGCGGAGGUAGCCGUGCAGCAGGUCCGGCUCAUGACCAGCAUUAUUCUCGCUCUGCUCUCUGAACCAUAUUGUCACAGUUUUUCUAACCCAGAGAAAGUCAGUGAGAGAUUUGAAAGUGGCACUUGCAGUAAGAUGGAGAAAGUGUGUGACAACACGGUGAUCAGAGCCAGAGGGUUGCCGUGGCAGUCUUCUGACCAGGACAUCGCUCGAUUCUUCAAAGGCCUCAACAUCGCUAAAGGAGGAGCUGCUCUGUGCCUUAAUGCUCAGGGGAGGAGGAACGGAGAAGCACUUGUUCGUUUUGUCAGCGAAGAGCACAGAGACUUAGCUUUGCAGCGGCACAAACACCAUAUGGGCAACAGAUACAUUGAGGUUUAUAAAGCAACGGGAGAAGACUUCCUGAAGAUAGCUGGAGGUACCUCAAACGAGGUGGCAAUGUUCCUUUCCCGCGAGGACCAGAUCAUAGUGAGGAUGCGAGGGCUUCCCUUCAACGCCACGCACGACGACGUGCUCCGAUUUUUCUCGCCGGAGGACGGCUCCAAAGAGACGUGCGCCGUCAGCGGCGAGAAGGAAGGCAUCCUGUUCGUCCGCUACCCGGACGGACGGCCCACGGGGGACGCUUUCGUUUUGUUUGCCUGCGAGGAGCACGCUCAGUGCGCUCUGAGGAAACACAAGGAACUUCUGGGGAAGAGAUAUAUCGAGCUGUUCAAAAGCACGGCAGCAGAGGUGCAACAGGUGUUGAACCGGUACUCCUCGGCCCCUCUGAUCCCUGUGGCCCCGGCCCCCCUGGUGUCGGUGCUACCGUCGGUGUCUCUCCUGCCACAUCCUGGCGGGAUGAGGGACUGCCUCAGGUUGAGGGGGCUACCCUACACGGCGAGCAUCGAGGACAUCCUCACUUUCCUGGGCGAGUUUACACAAGACGUCAGACAACAUGGCGUGCACAUGGUGCUAAACCAGCAGGGUCGUCCAUCGGGUGACUGCUUCAUCCAGAUGACCUCAGCCGAGCGGGCGCUCCAGGCCUCACAGCGGCUUCACAAGCACGUGAUGUCCAGCCAGCGGGGGGCGAACAGCCGCUACGUGGAAGUGUUUCCCUGCAGCGCCGAAGAGAUGGGCCUGGUGCUGAUGGGAGGCUCGCUCUCACACACGCACGCACACACACACACUCGGAGCAGGAGUGGGACAGGGCUCAGCCCGCCGCCAUGUAAGUCCAGACGUUUAUCUCCUCCAACGUACUCCUUCGCCCCGGUUCAGCCUAUGCUCCCUACGGAAGCUGCUGCAGCUGGUCUUUACCCUCCUCUCGGGCAGGUGUUGCUGGCUCCUCGCCCCAUGCACCCAGGACACGCUUACUACCCUGCAUCAGCGCAACUAUACAUGAACUACACUACCUACUACCCCAGUCCCCCUGGCUCACCUACAACUCUGGGUUUCUUCCCGGCCCAUUCCUCCAUGUCCUCCCCCGGAGGGUUGGUGCGGAUGCCAGGCCUGCCUUACAAUGGCAGUGGAGUUAAAGACCUCAUCAACGCCGUGCAAGGAUACCAGUACGCUCCAGAGGAUGCUCUCAUCCACGCUCACGGGGCCGUGCACGCUCACGACCCGGCUAGGACGUUGCUUACGCAGCCCAAAGAAUGGGGUCCCAUGGAGUCCGUUUCUCUGCUGAACAGCAGUCUCAUGGGUCAGACCAGCGGAGGAGAAACUCAUCUCAUGUCCCUCCCUCUCAUCACAAAGCCAGGGGGCCAGUAUCUGGAUCUGACACUGCUGUAGCGUCGCACAAAAAACAAAAGUCAUGUGUAUGUGACAAAGCGUAGUUAGUGUUUUUUUUUUUUUUUUUUAAAUAGUCUUUUAGAAAUCUUAUUUAUAUUGUUAGGUACCGAAAUUAAUGUAUUUUAUACCAAAUUUGCUGUAGCCUUAGUCAAAAGAUAGCAUUUUUUUUUAUAUUGCACAUUAUCUGUAUGUUAAAAAGCUUUAUAGAGAUUUUUUUAAGCUGUUAAGUUACUGUAAUCAUUAUAUUUGCCAGCCAAACUAGAGAAGUAUAUUCUAGUAGCAACUGAGCUAAACCUUUUUUCUUCUUUCUGUGAAGAGUGAAAGUGACCGUGUGAAAGAGAUGUCAAUGUGAAUAUUAUGCAUGAAUAUUGUAAAUGUUUAUAUGCAUAUCGAGACGAGUACACAGUGAUUGUAUCGGACGCUGUAGUGCAUGAAGAAGUUCUGUAGUGAAACUCAAGAUGUUUACAUAAUGCUAAAUACCAAUGCACUGCUAACGAGUUCGGAUUUAAAGAGAAAUAAAGAUGCAGCAUCUUCUGACGUCAACGUUUGUUACGGUUGGUUUCCGAUCCAGAAAACGACAAACAACGGUAAAAGAUCAAUAUACAUGACAGCAAUGAGGUUUUCAUGUAAUGAUUAAAGUGAAACAAAAAUGGACGGCUCUCCCCAAGCAGCAUUCAGAAAAACCUGUAUUGUUCUCACGCAAAAAAAAAAAGACACAUACAGGUGCCUCACAAUCAAAUCAAAUAUUAUUUAAAAGUUAAUUUAAAUCAGUAAUUUUGUUCAAAAAGUAAAACUUGUAUAUUACAUAGAUCGAUUAACACACAUGUUUGUAUUUUGACUUGCACAUAAUGACACUGAAUUUUGGGUACUGCUUCAAACGUUAUCAUCAAAAUGAAGAUGCCUGAAAUGUGUUCAUCUUGAGCGUCACCAUUUGACUGAAAUUACUGAAAUUAAUUUCUGACAGAAUUUUGUUUAAUUGAGAUGCACCUGUAUUUUUUUUUUACACUUUGGCAGAGGGGAAAUCCUCCGGUCAACGCACCCCAUCUUGUUUCUCGACUCUGUAGCGACGCCAAGGUUGAUUUUGUUCAGGAACAUGGGAUGUACAUUGAAUCUUGAUCCAUCCAUCCCUUGUCUAUGCCUGUGAUUGCUGGGUAGCUGGUGCCUACCUCCAGCAGUCAUUGGGCGAGACGGGCAGGUACACCCUGUAUAGGUCGCCAGUCCAUCAUAGGGCAACAUGGACACAAACAGGACAGCAAUGCAAACACACGCUCACACCUAAGGGCUAUUGGGAGAGAACCCAUUGAAAGUGACCUCCUCAAUACUGCAGUUAUUUCAAGAAAUGUGACAUCUCUCUUCCUUUGCUGAAUGCACGCCAUUGUUUUAUUACUUCUAUUAUUAUUUUGUAGGUUAAUGCCAUAUCCUGGUACCUUAACCCCAAAGUUUGCUUUCCUCCAGUUAAUUGACUCAAAUGAACGAAUCUCAGGAGUUCAAGGAGGUCCUUGUCCGAUUUCAUCAAACCUUGUUUAUAUUUUUUCCAAUCAUUCUGGUCUUCUUUCCACCAUCUGCUGUGACGGUGGAAAAUUAUUGAACAAAGAGCAGAAAUCUGUUCACCAUCAUCUCCUUUAAGCUGGUCAUUUGUAUUUUUUGUUUGUUUGUUUUUUUAGGAACAUUGCUAACUGAAGGACAUGUUUGAAAUGUGUCUCAUAAGUUUUGUCAUUUGUGCCACGCAGAGUUAAUGUUUAGAAUCACAAUGUUUCUGUACAUGUGUCCAAGAGCAGGAAUUCCUGCUGCAGAAAUGAUGGGAAAAAAAAAACCCAACAAGAAUAAACAUAACAUGAUAAAUUUGCCUAAUUUCA